GUACAGAAUGGAGUGGUUGGACUACCAUACUCAAUGAGACAAGCUGGUCUUCCUUCUGGAAUACUGCUCCUUAUCAUGGUUGCAUAUGUAACAGAUUACUCUAUUAUCCUCUUGAUUAAAGGAGGGAACCUAUCUGGAACAAGCACCUACCAAUCUCUAGUGAAUAAAGCUUUUGGUAUAACAGGAUAUGUGAUUCUUUCAAUCCUCCAAUUUCUGUAUCCUUUCAUUGCCAUGAUAAGCUACAACAUAAUCACAGGAGAUAUAUUAACCAAAGUGUUCCAGCAAAUUCCAGGCGUUGGUCCUGAAAACAUAUUAGCGGAGAGGCAUUUUGUGAUUGUAAUGACAACCCUUGUGUUCACACUUCCAUUGUCCAUGUAUCGCAACAUUGCUAACUUGGGAAAGGUGUCAUUGUCCUCACUUGUUUUAACUCUUGCAAUCUUGGUAAUAGUUGUAGUCAAAGCUGCAACACUUGGACCAAGCAUUCCAGCCUCAGAAGGAGCUUGGGAUUUUGCACAGCCCAAUGCUAUACAGGCAGUGGGAAUUAUGGCAUUUGCUUUUGUUUCUCACCAUAACACUUUUUUAAUUUAUGGAUCACUGGAGACGCCUACAAUAAAUAAUUGGUCUUGUAUCAGUCACGUGUCAGUGUUAUUUGCUCUGAUUAUCAAUUUGAUUUUUGCUGCCUGUGCAUAUGGAACUUUCACAGGCUAUACACAAGGAGAUCUAUUUGAAAAUUAUUGCAAAAAUGAUGAUUGGGCUACCACUGGAAGGCUUCUGUAUGGAUUAACUACUAUUCUGACAUAUCCAAUUGAAUGCUUUGUGACUCGUGAAGUUAUUGUAAACGUAUUUUUCAAUGGGACCUUGUCAACCAUUGUUCAUGUUGUUGUGACCAUCUGCAUAGUUGCUGCAGCCAUGGCCAUUUCACUAGUUAUCGAAUGCCUUGGGAUAGUUUUGGAAUUAAAUGGGGUGAUUGGUGCUACUCCAUUGGUUUUCAUUAUUCCAACAGCAUGUUAUCUACAACUUUCGGAAGAGUCAUGGAAUCAUUGGGAUAAGCUUCAGUCUUGGUUGAUCCUCGUCACCGGUACAUUGGUGAUGGUUGCUGGGCUUGUGAUGACUGUCAUGUAUCCCCAACCAUGCAGUCAUGGAGAGGAGAUGUUUUACUGCACGCCUUCAAAUUCAUCUGCAUACAAUAUUACUGUCAAUGAGACAGUUAACCAAUAA